GUUAGUUCCAAAACUUAACAAAUAUUCAAAUCAAAACAUCUCCUUCCAUGUUGGUGCUGUGUUGCAUUGCACCAAACACAAUAAUACCAUUACUUCUCUAAAACCGUUUUUCUCGUUUACUCUCUUCGUUUCAGAUUCGACGUCCCAAUCUGAACAAAUCUCAAUUUCUUUUCUGAUCCAGGCACUCGUUCAUUACUUGAUCCAAAUCGUCUAAAUCUCAUUUCACAUUUGCUUUUUUGUACUCAAAGUGCAGGUUUAUUGAUUUGAAUUGUGUUUAUACAUAUUCUUCCUUCGCAUUAGAUCUCAUUUGAAAAAUGGCCACAAUGGAGAGCUUGAUUGGGUUAGUUAACAGAAUCCAAAGAGCUUGUACCGUAUUAGGCGAUCAUGGCGGUGAAGGCAUGUCUCUUUGGGAAGCUCUCCCUUCCGUUGCUGUUGUUGGUGGCCAGAGUUCUGGGAAAUCUUCAGUGUUGGAAAGCGUCGUCGGUAGAGAUUUCUUGCCUCGUGGAUCUGGAAUUGUUACACGGAGGCCAUUGGUAUUGCAACUUCAUAAGAUAGAAGAUGGAAAGACUGAAUAUGCGGAAUUUCUUCAUGCGCCAAAGAGGAAGUAUACUGAUUUUGCUGCUGUGCGUAAGGAGAUUGCAGAUGAAACUGACCGUAUUACUGGGAAGUCAAAGCAAAUCUCCAAUAUUCCAAUUCAUCUCAGUAUAUAUUCUCCAAAUGUCGUCAACUUGACCCUCAUAGAUCUUCCUGGGUUGACAAAGGUUGCUGUAGAGGGACAACCAGAGAGCAUAGUUGAAGAUAUUGAAAACAUGGUCCGUACAUAUGUUGAGAAGCCCAACUGCAUUAUAUUGGCUAUUUCUCCUGCUAAUCAAGAUAUUGCCACUUCAGAUGCUAUAAAACUUGCCAGAGAAGUUGAUCCUUCAGGUGAAAGGACAUUCGGUGUAUUGACCAAGCUUGACCUGAUGGACAAAGGAACCAAUGCUCUUGAUGUUCUAGAAGGAAGGUCAUACAGACUGCAACAUCCCUGGGUUGGAAUUGUUAAUCGUUCGCAAGCAGAUAUCAAUAAGAAUGUUGACAUGAUUGCUGCUCGUCGGAAGGAGCGUGAAUACUUUGAAACAAGUCCUGAGUAUGGACAUUUGGCAAGUAAAAUGGGGGCAGAAUAUCUCGCAAAACUUUUGUCCAAGCAUUUAGAGACAGUCAUCAGGCAACGCAUACCAAGUAUCAUUGCUUUGAUAAACAAGACCAUUGAUGAGCUUAAUGCAGAGUUGGACCGUAUUGGCAGGCCAAUUGCAGUAGACUCAGGGGCACAACUUUACACAAUCCUAGAAUUGUGUAGAGCUUUUGACCGUGUAUUCAAGGAACACCUGGAUGGAGGGCGUCCUGGUGGCGAUCGAAUAUAUGGGGUUUUUGAUCAUCAACUACCAGCUGCUUUGAAAAAGCUGCCCUUUGAUCGUCAUCUCUCUUUGAAGAAUGUGCAAAAAGUUGUUUCAGAAGCUGAUGGUUAUCAGCCACAUUUAAUUGCUCCAGAACAAGGAUAUAGGAGGCUAAUUGAUGGAUCUAUCAGCUACUUCAAAGGCCCAGCAGAAGCCUCUGUGGAUGCUGUGCACUUCAUUUUAAAGGAACUUGUACGGAAGUCCAUCGCUGAAACAGAGGAGCUAAAGCGGUUUCCAACACUUCAAGCUGAUAUUGCUGCUGCUGCAAAUGAGGCUUUGGAAAGAUUCCGUGAUGACAGCAGGAAAACAGUUCUGAGGCUCGUGGACAUGGAAUCUAGCUACCUAACAGUGGAAUUUUUCCGGAAGAUUCACCUUGAAGGGGAUAAGAACACAAACACAAACUCAAACUCAAAUGCAUCAGGCCCAAAUGUUGACCGUUAUGCUGAUUAUCAUUUCAGAAAGAUUGGGUCAAAUGUCAACUCUUAUAUCAGUAUGGUUUGUGAUACGCUAAAGAAUUCUAUCCCCAAGGCCGUGGUUUAUUGCCAGGUUCGAGAGGCUAAGAGAUCUCUUCUCAAUCACUUCUACACACAAGUCGGGAGAAGAGAGAAGGAACGGCUUGGUGCAAUGUUGGAUGAGGAUCCACAACUCAUGGAAAAGAGAGCUACCAUAGCAAAAAGGCUUGAAUUAUACAAGUCAGCCAGGGAUGAGAUUGAUUCAGUGGCAUGGAAAUGAUAUAGAUAUUUUUGCACAAGUUUCAUGCCACAAAUUUUUUCCCCUUUUUACAUUUACAGGCUAGAUUCUUAUUUGAGAACCAAAUUGCAUAUUCUUCUGUGCUUGAUAAUGAUCGAGUUCUCUACGAAAAAUUCGGUAUGAUAGUAGAUUUUUCUCAAAGAUUUUGCUCCAUAAUAGUUGGAUAUUACAGUGUCCCUUCGAAUUAAUCUCAAUCAAUCAUGAUGUACCACUGCAAGUUUCUUAGGAUGGAAAGAAAUUACAUUGUGUUGUAAAAACUCUACUGUUGUUGUACGAUUUACAGACACCAAAUUGGAAACUGGACUUCGAAUAAGCAAA